CUUCAAUGGACUCCCAUCUUUGAGACACUCUCCUCUGGGCUUUCUGCCCCUUUCCCAUUUCGGUGUUUGACCAAGAAUUAAAGAAGAACCCGGUGUGAGCCAGCACUGAGCUUCUCUCCGGAGAACCUUCGUUCUUCUCAUUGAGGUUUUCACGCUCUGCACUGGAGUUCAACACCCACCCCGUUUUCAGUGUCCAGAGCACUUGCGGCAACCACAGUUCUGGGCAUUGUCGCAGCGCCCCCUGGCGGCAAGGCCGAAGGACGGCGCCCGCGGUCCACGGGUUAGGGUUAGGGUUCGAGUGUUCGAAACUGCUGAGAAGGGCACCGACUCCAUCCUUAGCUGGAGAAGCCUUCUCAAGCCUUCUGCCCUCUCUGGGCUAUGGAGAAGGCCUCUGGAAAAAGCAAACAUGGCGAUGUUCUGAUUAGUGUUGGUUAUGCCAAUGUGCUAGGUUAUACACUUCAGAAAUUUUUAAAGCUUUUGCAACACAUCACCAUAGGAACAGAGCUACAAAUUCAGGUGUACCGAGAUUUUAUCGACAUACCCCAAGAAUGGCGAGAAAUAUAUGAUUUAAUUCCUGAGAAAAACCCCCCAGUAACAUUUAGCACACCAAAGUACACUGAGCAGACAAAAGAUGAUUCUGUUACCAGCAGUGAUGACAAUGAAGAUGUAGUUUUAGAAAAAAACCUUAAUUAUAGGUACCCACAGUCAACUGGGGUACAGCCUGCAAGGAUACCAGUAUCCACCUCCAGAGAAUGGCAUGAAUAUAAAAAUAAGAACCACGCUAUUCAUGUUGGAAAAGACAGAAAGAUAACGAGGGCCCCUUCUCCACACUGGACAAUGGGAGAGCAAGACAAUGACAGCUCCUCUUCCUCUGCUUCAGAUGCAUUUUGGCCAGAAGACUGUGCCCAAGCUGAGAAGGGCAAAGGUCAGCCAGUAUCUAAAGUAGGUUAGGCAGUGGUUUGCCAAUCUGUGGUCACACAAGUAUCUAUCUUGAAAACAUCCAAUUUUUGUUCCUCACCGUGUAUAGGUUUGCAGGCAUUCUUACGGAGUAAGUACAGAACUAUCAAUUCUCUUCCAGGACUGUGUUGAAAAGCUUUAGACUUUCUUCAGCGUAAUGGUGAAGGACUUCCCUAGUCUCACAGGC